CGGCACAGCAGGACCCCUGUCUGAGGGCUCAACCGCGCCUAACCCCUGCUCCAGAGUUUUACAACAAAGGCAACAACUUGGAAAGUGUUCUUCAGCGGAGUUACGGGGGAAUUUAACGCAGGACGGGAAGCGAACAAAGGGGAGGGACGGUCUGAGCUGAUGGACUCGGAGAUGAGAUAGCGCUCAUAACCGACCCCAUCUCCCCAUCCUUCCCCGGCGGGCGACCGGACGGCUCUGUUUCUUUCCGGAUGAUGUAACUGUUCUAUGACAGACUGGGCUCGGAGUUAUCCUCGCUCAUAUUUUCCUUUAAUCAUCAGCUCACGGUGAUAUCGGACGGCAAGCCGCAUCCUGUGGUUUUAGGAGCCCGUGUCCAGGUUUCGGUGAGGGGGUUCAGCUCAGCGGGACGUUGCGCAGUGCUUAACUGGCUGAUCCGCGGGGUCGAUGAGCGGCGGUGCAGUCAUGUGGCAGAGGAUUCAGAUUUGCUGCGCACUGUUUGCACUGUAUUCAGCGGCACCGCCUGCACACAUCAACCGCCUGGCGCUGUUCCCUGACAAAAGCGCCUGGUGCGAAGCCAAGAACAUCACACAGAUAGUCGGGCACACGGGAUGUCAGCCUCGCUCUAUUCAAAACAGAGCUUGUCUGGGCCAGUGUUUCAGUUACAGCGUCCCCAACACGUUCCCACAGUCAACUGAGUCUCUGGUGCACUGUGACUCCUGCAUGCCUGCCCAGACACAGUGGGAAGUGGUGACUCUGGAGUGCCCAGGCAGUGAAGAGUCUCCUCAUGUGGACAAGCUGGUGGAGAGGAUCUUCCACUGCAGCUGCCAGUCCUGCAGUAAGGAAGGUGCCCAGGAGGGGGCGGUGAUGCAGCUGUAUCCGGCAGACAACGUCCUGGACCCUCCGUCUCUCUCUGACACCCUCAGCGGCGCUCAGUCUCACCCUCUGCCCCCUUCAGACACACACUCUAAUAAGCAUGCUCACCCACACACAGACCAUCACACACUGCCACAUACAUCAGAUGGAGGUUAGGUCCGUAAUUUGACUCUUUUGGUCACUUUCCUCAUCUCUUCUGCCCUGUCUUCUCUCCUCCACACUGCAUCCUUUUUACGAAUCUGUAGUAUUGUAAAGGCACUUUGAAAAUAUAGCUUCACUUUGUGUUAAAAUGUUUCUCUAAAGGCACCAACUCACACACACACACACACACAUAUGCACGGACGCGCACACACACACACACACACACACACACACACACACACACACACGCAUGGACACACACACAGACACACCCACAAAGUAAUACUAUCAGAUCACACUCUAUUGUAUAUAAACUCGUACAAACACACCAGCCUAUGCACUCUUUUUGUUUGCUGACUAAACAUGCAUAUGUGUGCAUCCAGACAUGACUAUAGUCUGUGAAUAAGCUGUAGUCUCAUUACCUUUAAUCUGCUUUACUGCAAUAAAUUCUAUCGUUGUGG